CCCAUCUCGCUCUCUUUGUUGCAACUCCUUGCCGCCGUAGCCACACACGCCGGCCGCCUCGCCUCACUCCGGUGACUCCUGCCAUCGCCAGGCAUGCUACAUCCUCCCCUUCGUCUGGAUUCAACACUCAUGCCCACCAGCAGCCCUCCCCCAUGGCUAGGGUUUCGGGCGCGGUGGCCCCUCUCACUCCGGAGGUGAGGGAGCUGGUGCUGACGCAGGGGGAGCGGCGGCGGCGGUGGGAGGAGGAUGAGGAGGUGUGGUGCCAGAUGUUCGGAGGAAGGGCGGCGUUCCACGCGACGGCACCCGCAGCCGCGCUGGGCCAGCAGCAGUGGGUGGCGCCGGAGCUCGACCGGUGGCUCCGCGAGAGACAACCGCUCUGCCAGCACCAGCUCCUCUCCUACGCCCGCAAGCUCCGCAACUUCAGACAUUACAGGCACGCCCUCGAGAGCAAGGGGUGGGCUCAGCUUGAAGGCUGGGGACGGGCAUCGAUGGACUCCCAGUUCUACGGGGCACAAAUCAUCGCGACGCGAACACCGGACUGUAACAUUGCCAUCGUUCUCACUGGUGAGGAAACCAGGAUUGAAGCACAUAAUAUAUUCUUUCGGAACUAAACCCGUCUCAAGGUACUGUGACCAGGCAGGAGAGAUAAUACAGGACUACCUCCAUGCCACUGGAAAUGCUAUUUAAGCACAAACGUUCUUCAAGCAGGAGAGAUAACGCAUGACUACCACAGCCUGGUGGGUGUCAUGCUCUUCGAUCCCUCAGAGGCGGACUUCAGUGUGAAUCCCGGAGACUGCAUCGCACAGAAGAUAGUCCAGGUGAUUGCGACACCGGAGGUCGCCGAGGUGGACGACCUCGACGUCGACACCACCGUCUGGGGCGAGGGAGGGUCCGGGUCCAUUGGAGUUUGAACUCCGGGGCUUGGUAGAUACAUCUAGAGAAGUGGUCUGGUUUGCGUCUGAUGUUAUUGGGAUCACGUGUCUUUUCAAUUUGAGAUGUUCAAUGUUGCAUACAUGAAUGCUCCAAGUGCUAAGAUGGUUAUGUGAUCUUUGCACUAGACGUGUCUUGAAUUC